AUAUUUGCUGAGGAGGUGACUUUUGCACACGGUUUGUGCUGUUGGUGGAGUUUUCCUGACUCUGGUGUCAGUUUUUACUCGUGGCAUUAUCCACCCUCUUCCCCUUUCGGUGGAUACCAAGCUCCCGCAGCUGCCUUCUUCCGCCCGCAGUGACAUUCUGAGUUUCUUGUUGAGGGAAGCGGGAAGGCAGAUAGGCAGGUGUGCUUUCGCCAAAUCGUUGAACGCACGGAGAAUGUCUGACCAAGUGCAACCACUAUCACCUUACGCUGCAAAGCGUAUCCAUGGCUUGCAAAAGAAUAUGUGGACGGAGUAUGCCGCUCUGGCACUCAGGACAAAGUCCACUAAUCUUGGCCAGGGUUUUCCAGACUUCCAUGCUCCGGAUCAUGUCAGACAGUCACUGGCCACUGCCACGACGUCGGAGAAAGGCCGAGCCCUCAAUCAGUACACUCGUAGCCAGGGUCAUCUGCGUUUGGUGAAUGCCCUUGCCAAGCUCUAUUCGCCCGUGUAUGGAUGGGAGGUUAACCCACUAACUGAGAUCAUUGUGUCAGUGGGUGGUUACGGCUCGUUGUUCUACUGUAUCCAGUCUUUCAUCAACCCCGGUGACGAGGUCGUCAUGGUGGAGCCAUUCUUUGAUUGCUAUGAUCCCAUGGUGCGAAUGGCUGGCGGUACUCCCAAAGGUCUUCCACUUGUAAUGAAACCCGGUGCUACAUCAUCAGCCGACUUUCAGCUCGACCUGAAAAUGUUGGAGGAAGCGUUCACAGAGAAAACGAAAAUGUUCAUUUUCAACACUCCUCAUAAUCCUACCGGCAAGAUCUUCUCCCGUUCCGAGCUGGAGCAGAUUGCAGCCAUGUGUGUGAAGCACGACGUGCUGUGUUUGAGCGACGAAGUGUACGAGUGGCUCGUGUACGACACCAGCCCGCCACACAUCAAAAUCGCCACUCUGCCGGGCAUGAGAGAGCGCACUCUCACUGUUGGAAGUGCUGGCAAGACGUUCAGUGCAACUGGAUGGAAGACCGGGUGGACAGUGGGCCCACCCGAGCUCAUCCGGUGUCUUGCCUCAGUCCAUGGACAGUCGAUGUACACAUGUCCUAGUCCUCUCCAGGAAGCUGUUGCAGAGGGUCUUGAGUUGGAGAUGUCACGACUUGGCACUCCAGAAUGCUACCUCACCUCCCUGGCGGCCGAGCUCAAGCCUAAGCGUGACUGGUUGUCUAAAGAGCUGGCAGAAAUCGGACUAACACCAAUCAUACCCGAGGGAGGCUACUUCUUACUGGUCGAUGCCGAACCCCUAGGUUUGAAUCUACCGGAAGACGGCCGUCCGGAAGAUUGCCGCUUUGUGUAUUGGCUGGCAGAAGAAAAGGGCAUUGCUGUCAUUCCAACCUCGCCGUUCUACACAAAGGAACACGAACACUACGCCAAGAAAGUCGUGCGCUUCUGCUUCUGCAAGGAGGACUCUACCUUGGAGAAAGGUGCAGAAAAGCUAAGGCGGUGGAAAGCAUCACUGUAAGAUGGCAGGUGAUGUACACAGCCCCCCCCCCCCUCCAUCAUGUACUCUGUUGACAACAUACUCCAAAUUCUAAUCAUAGCAACGAAAUACGAAUUCCGACUCCCAAAAGCUAUUCAUAACGUUUCACUCUUCAUACAAUCAAAUCAUUUUUCUGUAGCAUUUCACAUGUAGCCUCCAUUGAUCACAUUGGAUCUGUCAACCUGUUCUACAAUACUGAAUCUUCAUUUGAGUUUAGGACUUCACAAUCAUAGGAGUAGAGUCAUCUCUGAUAGGCAAGGUUUCUCCGAUUCACAGAGCCUAAGUCUAGUGUGUCGGGUCAUCGUCAAGGCAACACACAACACUGUCAUUGGCCUGUAGGGCCUGGGUGAUGUUUUUUUCACUGAAUCAUAUUAAUUUUCUCCUCAAGAUGUGACUGUAUCUUGUUUUUAUUCUCCUAUUUCUCGUAUUCUAGUUUUAGCCAGGAUUGUCUGGGUGUACGUAUAGUUCGAAACAGAUUUGUCACAAUUCUAAUUUCCUAUAGCAGGAGCAUUUUUGAGUACCGCAUUUGGUGACUCACUUCCUCUGUCCAUUAAAUACUGCCUUAGUAGUGGCAGUCUUGCACAAUGUGUUCAAGUGCCUUGUGUAUGUUUGCUGCCUAUGAUGCCGUAUAAAGUGUUUUGGAAUACUUUGCUUGUACCGGUAUACAAGUAUCGGCAAUGAA